AUGGGUCAGGCGCUCGUGUCGUCCGGCAUGUGGCCGUGUAACAUCUUCGGCGGCGUUAAAGCGUGUGUCGCGGUGCCUUCUAACGGAGCGUUCAUGCAGCAGUGCGCGAACGUCGCCAAGUCGGAGGUGGACUGCGCUUAUAACCGCGAGACGCUGAGUGACAUUAACGAGGAUCCGAAUGUGAUUAUGAAGGAGAAGCUCGAAGAAGCAGCGUCUCUUCCUCUCACCACCCUUCCCCUCUCCCAUCUCUCUCCCGCCUCUCCCCCGCUCCCCGCGCCCCUGCGCCCCUGCGCCCCGCUCUCCCCCCUCGGGCCUCGAGGCAUAUCCCGCAUACCCCUCAUUCCUCGGCAAUGCAUCUCUGCCACUCCACUCCCCGCCCUUGCCCCUGUUCCCACCCCCCUCCCUCCCUCCCAGGCUUUGAGCCGUAUCCCGCGUGCCUGGAUGCGCUCCAUCACUUCUGGUGCGUGCAAGAUCUCAUUCUUCGGUUAUUCCAUCUCCUCCUCUCUCCCUCCCGCGGCUUCCCCUCUCCUCCCCCACCAACCAGGCUUCGAGCCAUGUCCCGCGUGUUUGGAUGCGCUGCACCGCUUCUGGUGCGGCCAGACCACCCCCACGUGUGGCACCUUCGCUAAAGUGGUUGACGAAAUCUUGCCUGAAAUGAGGCAAGUCAGUGCUGGCAAGUUGAAGCCAGACGAGCUCGUUCAGUCAGCCCUGCCCCGCAUGCUCCAAGCCUUUUCUCUCGGGCUGCCCUGCCGCAAAAUGUGCGAGGCGGUUACCGCCACCUGCAGCUGCGGCCGACCGGCCACGUUCGGGCAGAUGAUGAAAGUUUUGGAGCUGAAGCGCACGCAGCAGCAGGCAGAAGGGGAGGGCGCGGCGGGCAGGCCCCUGGCGGAGAACAAAGAUUUGAUUCCGUUUGGGUUCAGUACGAACAUGUCUCUGGCUACUGCUGUGAAGAUCUUCAAAGGGGUGUGGGACCGACCCGUCUGCGACUUGUUUGCCCCGCAUGACGCGCCUGGCUUCCAGGGCGUGUGUGAGACGUGGUGGGCGGGGGCGGACAAGAACCAGACGACAUGUCGCUGGUGCGAGUCAAAGCAGCGGCCAGAGGACAUGGACGAACAGAUAGUGGCUCAGAUCGCGCAGUCCGUGUCCAGCAUGAUGCAGGCCUUUCUCCCUUUCAUCUUGCAAUUCCUGUUCCUUUCCUUGCACACGGCCCCCCGCAGGCUGGUCUCGAACAUCCCUGCAACUGCAACAGCUUCUGCUGGUGCUGCUAAUGCUGGUGUUGCUGUCGCUGUCUCUCCUGCUGUUGCCCCUGUAGCUGACACGGCUGACGCAGCAGCAGUGGAGCAGGCAGAGGAGGAGGUGGAGCAGGAGGAGCAGAAAAGCUUCGACUGGCAGGACGACCAAACCGGGCUACCCAAUCCCGAGCCUGUUCAACUACCCCCUGACACUGUUCCUCCCAAGCUUAUCGACCCUACCGCCGAACCUGGUGCCAAGCCUGCCGCUGAACCGGGUGGGAAGGCUGCAGCCGAGCCUGGUUCGGAUGGGCCGGGGUAUUUUAGAGAAGCAGCGCCGGGGGAUUGGGGGUAUAAAGAGUCAGACGAGGAGAAAAUGGCAAAGAUGAUGCGAGGGGAGGGGAUGGGAGAGGAAGAGGGGGAGGUUCCAUCUGGGAAAGGUGGUACCGCGGGUGGAAGGUGGGAAGAGGUGAUGAAUGGGAUGAUGGGGGGGAGGGGAGGGCGAGGAGGUGAGGGGGGGCGAGGGGAGAGGGAGAGGGGAGAAAGGGGAGGGGCAGAGGGCAGAGGUGGUGCAUGGGAGGGGGGUUCCGCUAGAGGGGGUACGAUGAUGCGAGGGGGGCCGGGAGAAGUUGAGGGUGGUGAGAAGGAAGGAGAGAAGGAAGGAGAGGAGGAGGGAGCGGUGGAGCCAGGAGAUUCCAGGGGUUCUGCUGUUGCAAGCGCAGGCACGACUUCUCCCAGUGCUUCGCGAACCGAACCUUCCACCGAGCCUGGAGAACCGGAGCGGCCACCGGUUUGGGAGAAGAAGGAAUGGCAGGAGAAGGGAGGGGAGCCGAGCUCCGAGUGGCGGUCGGAAAAGCCGGAGGAGCCGGUGGAAGAGGGUGGGGGGAAUGUGUGGUAUCGAGGGCAUGGGGAUGAUUUGCCCAUUCCGCCAAGAGAGGAAAAACGCGGGUCGCCUUUGGUGGCGACGAUUUUUAUUUUCUUUGCGGCUGUGGGAGUGGUGGCAGGGUUGGCGUUUUGGAAGAUGAGGAGGGAGCGGAGGGCGAGGGAUGCUCAACCCAUCCCCGUGCCACGAGUCGCUGACGGCCCGGCAGCACUGGUGGGAGGCGCCGCCAGCUCAGCACAGUCCGCGAUUGGUGGCGCUGCGAUCCCGGUCCAGAAUCUGAUUGGGGGCGCCGCGAGCGCGGCUCAAAACGCAAUUGGCGGCGUCACUGGUGCGGCUCAGGGCGUGAUUGGCUCUGCAACCACCGCCGCCCAGACCACGGCCGGCAAUCUUGUGAGGACCGUUGGUGGCGCUCUUAACGGAGUUCAAACCACCGCUGGUGGCGCCGUCAACACACUUCAGGGCAUCGCUGGUGGCGCCUUGAACGGGGUUCAGACCACUGCUAGCAGCGCGCUCAACGCUGUUCAGAGCACUGCUGGGGCCGCGCUGAACGGAGUGCAGACAGCAGCUGCGGGAGCAGCGGGCGCGGCUCAGCGCACCCUCGGAUCUGCCCUCAACACGGUUCAAACCAUCGCCCAAGACCCGCUUGGAGUAGUGCAGAGCACGGCUGGGGGAGCACUUAACGCAGUCCAGACCGCUGCCCGAGACCCACUUCGUACAAUCCAGAGCACUGCUGGUGGCGCACUCAAUGCAGUUCAGACCACGGCUGGGAGCGCCUUGAAUGCCAUCCAGAGCACAGCUGGUGGAGCUGUUGGUGUGUUGCAGACUGCUGCUGGUGGCGCUCUAGGGGCGGUGCAGGGAACAGUUACCAGCCUGGGAAACGCUCUGACUGGCACUGCUCAGCAGCUCGCUACUACUGGUCCCGUUAACACUAUAAGAAACGCUGCUGGCACAGCUGCGAGCAACGUGGGCAGCACUCUGAGCGGGCCUGCUGGGGCGAUUCAGGGAGUGGCUGGCGCUGCUGUGGGCAAUGUUGCGAGUGCGUUGCGCGGGCCUGCUACUGCUGCUGUGAGUGCUCUGAGCGGACCUGCUGGGGCGCUGCAGGCGGUGAUGAUGCGUCAGGGAGGUGUGUUGAGCCGCCCGCUUGAAAGCGUUCAGGGGGCUGUCGCUGGUGCUGCUGGUGCAGUGCAGAACGCCGCUGGGGGAGUGCAGCAAACGCUGAGCCGGCCGGUUGAGAGCAUUCAGGGCGCUGUUUCAGGUAUUGCUGGGGGCGUGCAGAGUGCGGUUGGGGGAGUGCAAAGCACACUCGGCAAUGUGGGAUCCGGUGUGCAGAGCACCCUUGGGAAUGUCGCUGGGGGCGUGCAGAGCACCCUGGGGAAUGCUGCUGCUGGUGUGCAGAGCACAGUGGGCAAUGUGGCUGGCGGUGUGGAGCAAACUCUGGGGAGCGCCGCUGCUGGUGUGCAGGGCACUCUAGGUAACGCCGCUGGCACUGCUGCUACUACUGCGGGUGCAGGUGCUGGUCCUGGCGUCGUUACUACUGUCCCCGUGGCAGCACGCUCAUCAGCAGAGAGUGAGCCGAGAGAGCCAGGAAGGAGGCUGCAGGGCAGCCCGGCAGGUACAGGCAGCGCCGGCUCUGCCGCUAUUCCCACUCCCCUCCCCACCGCCCCCAUUCCCACCAUCCCCACUCCCACCACUCCCGCCACCACCCCUGCUGCGAGCACCAGCGCUGGUCCACUGGGUGCAGUGCAGCAAGCACUCUCUGGCGCCGCCUCCACCCUUCAGGGCGUUGCCUCUGGCGCCGCCUCUACUCUUCAGGGCAUCACUGGGUCUGCCGCCCAGCAGAUCACGUCUGCUGCGGGCGGCGUGCAGAGCACUCUCGGGAACGUCGCUAACGUUGCGCAGCAAACUCUGGGCAGUGCUGCCGGUGCUGUGCAGGGCACGCUUGGGAAUGUGGUUGGGGGAGUGCAGCAGACGCUGAGCAAUCCGGUGGGAUCCAUCCAGGGCGCAGCUGCUGGUGCUGCUCGCGGGGUGCAAAACGCCGCUGCAAACGUGCAGAGCACUCUCGGCAACGUUGCUGGGGGAGUGCAGCAGACUCUGGGUAAUGCCACUGGGGGCGUGGCUAAUGUGGCGCGUGCGGCAGGAGGGACUGUCUCUGGAGCUGCUACCAGUGCACAAGCAGCACUCUCCGGACAGCUCUCUGCUGCCCGGAACGCCCUGUCUGGCCCGGUUUCCGCAGUGCAGGGAGCGCUGUCAGUCCCGGCUGGUGCCAUCCAAAGCGCUGCCACCGGCGCGCAGGCAGCAGUUUCCGGUCAGCUCUCUUCAGCCCAGAACGCCCUGUUUGGCCCGGUUUCGACUGUUCAAAACGCACUGUCAGGGCCUCUUUCCACGGUGCAGGGGGCAGCAGCAGGGGCAGUGAGGGGCGUGCAGGGAGCGGUGUCAGUCCCUGCAGGCGCCAUCCAAAGCGCUGCCAGUGGCAUGCAGGGUGCAGUGCAGGGAACAGUCCAGGGGGUUCAGGCCGUUGUGCAGGGAGCCGUGCAAGGGGCGCAGGGCGCCGUGCAAGGGGCGCAGGGCGCCGUGCAAGGGGCGCAGGGCACAGUGCAAGGGGCGCAGGGCACCGUGCAAGGGGCGCAGGGCACAGUGCAAGGGGCGCAGGGCGCCGUGCAAGGGGCUCAGGGCACAGUGCAAGGGGCUCAGGGCGCCGUGCAAGGGGCUCAGGGCGCCGUGCAAGGGGCUCAGGGCGCCGUGCAAGGGGCGCAGGGCGCCGUGCAAGGGGCUCAGGGCACAGUGCAAGGGGCGCAGGGCGCCGUGCAAGGGGCGCAGGGCACAGUGCAAGGGGCGCAGGGCACCGUGCCAAGCGCUGCCUCUCUGCCCACAGCUGCCUCUCAGCUUCCUGCCGCUGCCGGCACUGCUGCUGCGGCUGCCACCGGUCCACUGGGUGCUGUGCAGCAGGCGCUCUCUGGUGCAGCCUCCACCCUUCAGGGCGUUUCCGGGUCUGCCGCCCAGCAGAUCACGUCUGCCGCCCAGCAGAUCACGUCUGCCGCCCAGUCGCUCACAGGCACCGUCCAGGGCGCAGCUGCUGGCGCUGCUGGCGGGUUGCAGAAUGCCGCUCGCACUGUGCAGAGCACUCUGGGCAGUGCGGCUGGGGGUAUGCAGCAGACUUUGGGCAGUAUCGCCGGGGGGGUGCAGCAAACUCUGGGUAAUGUCGCCACCGGCGCACAAGCAGCACUUUCCGGACAGCUCUCCGCAGCCCAGACCGCCCUGUCAGGCCCGGUUUCCACGGUCCAAACCGCACUCUCCGGACCUCUUUCCACGGUGCAGGGCGCAGCAGCAAGUGCUUUGAGGGGUGUGCAGGGUGCGCUGUCAGUGCCUGCUGGGGCGAUUCAAAGCGCUGCUACCGGUGCACAAGCAGCACUCUCCGGCCCGCUGUCUGCAGUGCAAAGCACUCUGUCAGGGCCACUUUCCACGGUUCAGAAUGCAGCAGCAGGGGCAGUGAGGGGCGUGCAAGGAGCGGUGUCAGUCCCUGCUGGCGCGAUCCAAGGGGCGGUUAGUGGCGUGCAGAGCACCCUGCAGGGAUCCAUGCAAGGCGCACAGGGCGCGGUGCAAAACGCUGCCCCACUGCCCACAGCUGCCACUCAGCUUCCUGCUGCUGCCGGCACUGCUGGCAAUGCUGCUGCUGCUGCUGCUGGUGCUGCUGAUACAGUCCCUGUGGCAGCACGCUCGUCAGCAGAGAGUGAGCCUAGUCAGCCGGGAAGGAGGCUGCAGGACAGCCCGGCAGGUACAGGCAGCAGCACUGGCUCUACCGCAACAACCCACAGCAGCCCCACUUCAACCACCCCCACCACCCCCACCGGUCCACUGGGGGGCGUGCAGCAGGCGCUCUCUGGCGCUGCUUCCACCCUUCAAGGCGUUGCCUCUGGUGCUGCCACCACCCUGCAAGGCGUUGCCUCUGGUGCUGCCACCACCCUGCAAGGCGUUGCCUCUGGUGCUGCCACCACCCUGCAAGGCGUUGCCUCUGGUGCCACCACCACUCUCUCUCGAACCACCACUGGCGCUCAGUCCCUCGCUGCCUCUGCCGCCCAGUCCCUCCCCGGCACAAUCCAGUCCGCAGCAGGGUCGGUGCAGGCAGCAGCGGGGGCGGCAGUAGGAGCAGCAACAGGGACUCUGAACCGGGUAGGGGAUGCACUCACACUCCCCCUGCGCCAGGCUGUAACGGCUGUAGCACAGCCUCUUGUAGGGGCAGCCCAGGUUUUAGCGCAGCCCUUGGGAGCGGCUGUAGCGAGCGCUGUGCAGCCGGCUGUAGCAGCUCUGCAGGCGGGGGUUCAGGGGGUUGGGGCAGGCGUUUCAGGGGUUGCUGGAGGGGUUGGGAGUGUAAUGCAGGCAGCAGGGGCAGGCGUGCAGAACGUAGGGAGAGGGGUGGUGGUAGGAGUGCAGAGCGCAGGGGCAGCAGUGGGGGAGAGGGUGCAGAGCCUUGGAGCGGCAGCAGCAGGGGGGGUGCAGAGCCUAGGAGGGAAUAUGACUGGGGCGGCAGCAGGGGCGGCAGAGGCGCUAGGCAGGACUGCUAGUGGUCUGGGCGCCGGGCUAGGGAACACCGCAGCUGGAGUUCAAGGGAGUAUUGGCCAGGCGCUCGGGGGAAUUACCCGGGCGGUUCAGGGCGGGCCCGGGAAUCUCGGGCAGGCGGUGGGGCAACUUACCCAGGGAAUUCAGGGCGGACCGGCAGUGCUAGGGGGUGUGCUGACCCGGGCGGCAGACGCGGUUACUGCAGCAGUGGGAGGGGCGGCAGGGGCGGCGGGGAAUGCUGUGACUGUAGCGGUGGAUGCUGCUAGUGGCACGAUUCGAUACAGCAUUGAGGGGAUUGGGAAUGCGUCAGAGCUGGUCUCUGCUGGGAUCUACCAGGCUGCUGGGACGGCAGGAGGAGCUGCCAGGUCAGCAGGAACCCAGGUGGUGAGCCUGUUCAACCAGGUCAACCCAGUCAACGCCCUGUCAGCAGCGGGCGGCGCACUCACAGGCACAGUAGCCGCCACGCCCAGCGCCAUCGCCAGCCUGCUGCAGAACCCAGCAGGCUUUGUCCUGCAGGCCACAACCAGGGGAGGUGCAUCUGCUGCUGCUGGCACCAACAGUUCUGCUUCUGGGGCCACCGAGACCCGUGUGGCGCCACUGAGUAUCCUCGCGCCACUUCUUCCAUCGACAAUCACCACCACUCCUCUCCCCGCUGCUGCCUCCGCGGCUCCUCGGCUCGGUGUUCGACGUCAAGCGUCUUCCUCCCCAACCACCACCACCCCCUCCACUACCUCUACCAUCAACCCCUCCUCUGUCUUCUCCUCCUUCCCUUCUUCCUUCCCAUCAUCCUUCCCCUCCUCUGUCCCUUCAACCCUCCCAUCCUCCCUCCCCUCCUCCCUCCCCUCCUCCGUCCCAACCUCCACUCCCUCCUCCCUCUCCUCCACUCUCGCCAACCUCCCCACCAACACCCCCACCACCUUCCCCACCUCCAACCCCCUUCCCGCAAACACCCCUCUCCCCGGAGGCUCCACACAAUCCUCUUCUGCUCCUGGCAUGCUGCUGGGCAUGGCUGGUGACACGGUAACCAAUGCCGCACUGCAGCUUCUGCGGGGAAUCCAGGGGGCCAUGUCUGGCUCUGGUGGUUCCAGCAGUAGAGGCGGUAGCAGCAGUGGUACCAGUGGUAACGCAGGGUUUUCAAGUGGUAACACUGGGUUUCCUAGUGGUACGACUGGAUCUGCCUUCCCUGCAGCUUCUCAAGGAGGUUCUUCUGGGGGAGGUAUUGACUGGGCUGCUGCGUUGCCGCUACUUCAAACCCUUGUCCAGCAAGCCACAGGCGGCGGUGGUAGUAACGCUGUUAGCCGUGGAAACAAUGAUGGUACACUGAAUGUGGAUUUGAACGCGUUGUUGCCCGUGGUGGAAGCUCUUAUGGGGUUGGAGACAGGGGGUGCAGUUGGAGGGAAUGCAAACCAGCUGGACCUUGGGAUGCUGAUGAAUCUGGCCGGGGCCCUUGGCGGUGCCGUGCUUGGUAAUCCAUGA